AUGCAUUAUCUGAGCCUUGUUUUCUUAGUUUAUUUACUAUUGGAGACUAGUGGAGCACUGGCUCCUUUUAUUAAACCUUGCAAAAGCGAUGACACCGAAUGUCUUAUAGCUAGUACUCAAAAUGCAAUUCCAUACCUAGGAAAAGGUAUUCCUGAGCUGGGUGUUCCCCCUGGCGACUCACUAACAUUUAAGGAAAUUAACGCUGAUCAGGGUGAAUUAAAACUUACUUUCAGAGACUUGAAAUUAGUUGGCACUAGUAAGUGCCAGGUUAUAAAUGUUAAGAGAGACAUUGAAAAAUCGACUAUUUCAAUUGAGAUUGACUGUCCCUUAUUAGUCACUGGUCUUUAUAAGUUAGCAGGCAAUCUUUAUGUCAUCCCAGCUGAAGGAGAUGGCGAGUUUGAAAUUAAGACAGAUAAAGCUAAGAUCAUUGCCACGUUGAAAUAUAAGAUAGUCGAUGGAAACAACGGUCAAAAACAUUGGAAAAUCACCGGCUAUGACUAUUCCUAUGACCUUGUCAACAGAGUUUAUAUCAAGCUUGAAAACCUCUUCAAUGGAGACGAAACAAGAGCUAAACAAGUUCUAGAUGUUUUGAACAACAGCUGGAAGGCAUUAAUUACUGAAAUAGGAUCACCUAUCAUCAAGGAAUUGGUAGCUAAAGCCGUAAACUCAAUAAAGAAAUUUAUGUUAGCUGUACCGACUUCUGAACUCGAAUUAUCAUAA